AUGGCUGGGAAUCUUACUCAUCAUCAACAGCCACAUCAUCUCAAUCACGAAAAUGAUAGCUGGAAGAAGAAUUUACGGCUACCCCCUAAAGAUAAUCGACCGCAAACAGAGGAUGUUACAGCCACAAAGGGAAACGAAUUUGAAGACUAUUUCCUGAAACGCGAAUUACUGAUGGGUAUAUUUGAGGCUGGAUUCGAACGACCAUCGCCAAUUCAAGAAGAAUCUAUACCAAUCGCCCUAACUGGUCGUGACAUCCUAGCAAGAGCCAAAAAUGGUACAGGCAAAACAGCGGCCUUUGUUAUUCCCGCCUUAGAAAAAAUUAAUGUUAAAAAACAGAAAAUUCAAGCGUUAUUACUUGUUCCCACGAGGGAAUUGGCCUUGCAAACAUCACAAGUAUGUAAAAAUCUCGGAAAGCAUAUGGGAGUGCAAGUUAUGGUGACGACGGGUGGAACGACGUUAAAAGACGAUAUUUUACGUUUAUCUGAAAUCGUACAUAUCGUCGUUGGAACACCUGGUCGUAUUUUGGAUUUGGCCGGAAAAGGCGUGGCUGACUUCAGCGAAUGUCCAACAUUCGUAAUGGAUGAAGCUGAUAAAUUGUUGAGCCCAGAAUUCUCCCCAAUUGUCGAACAACUUAUAACAUAUUUCCCAAAAGAUCGUCAGAUAAUGUUAUACAGCGCUACAUUUCCUUUGAUCGUUAAAAGUUUUAAGGAUAAAUACCUCGUAAAACCGUACGAGAUCAACUUAAUGGACGAACUCACACUUCGUGGUGUCACACAAUAUUAUGCGUUCGUCGAAGAACGGCAGAAAGUGCAUUGUCUCAACACUUUAUUUUCAAAGCUACAAAUCAAUCAAUCCAUCAUUUUCUGCAAUUCAACCAAUCGAGUCGAACUUCUCGCAAAGAAAAUAACCGAGCUUGGGUAUUCGUGUUUUUAUAGCCAUGCAAAAAUGUUACAAAGUCAUCGUAAUCGUGUUUUCCACGAUUUCAGAAACGGUGUUUGUCGCAACUUGGUAUGCUCUGAUUUACUUACUCGUGGUAUUGAUAUACAAGCGGUUAAUGUUGUAAUCAACUUUGAUUUCCCAAAGAACGCCGAAACGUAUCUUCACCGUAUUGGUAGAUCCGGACGGUUUGGUCAUCUUGGACUUGCUAUUAAUCUCAUCACUUACGACGAUCGUUUUAAUCUUUACAAGAUUGAACAAGAGCUCGGUACUGAGAUUCAACCAAUUCCGCCCGUCAUUGACAAGCGAUUAUAUGUUGCUCCAAGUGCACUUGACGAUUCAUCAGAACCAUCAGAACCAUCAGAACCAUCAAAAUCAUCAAAAUCAUCAAAACCCACGCAUGAGGAACACUAA